AUGAAAACAUAUACUUUAUGUUUAAAGAUUUUUACAUUUUUUAUUUUAACUUGGAUAUUUCAUUGUUUUUACGACUAUGAUUCCAAUAGAUCCUUUGUUGACAAAGAUAUAUUGCAAAAAAAAAACAUGUUAAAAGAUAAGAGAUUAUUAGCGGAGGGUAAUAUAUCGGAAAAAAAACAAACACAUAUUAAAGAACGUAAUGAACAUUAUCCAUCUGGUGAAAAAGAUAACAAGGAUGAAAAGCCGGCUUAUUUCAUGAACAUAUAUAAUAUGUUGUAUAGUGCUUUUUUUCUAUUAAUAUAUAAAUUGUUUCCUAAAAGAACAAAUAGAAUGAGUAAUAAAUUUAUAGAUCAUAUAUUAAAUGUAAAUAGGAAAAAUAAUUCAGAACCAUAUCUAUUACCAGAACUUUCACUGAAUGAUUUAUUAAUUGAGUGUUCGGUGACUUUUCUAGAGUACUGA